AUGCGUUUCCUUUUCUUGCUUUCAUCGCUGCUAUAUAUCGCACGCGCAGAAGACAGAUGCUACAACACCCAAGGCACAGCCCUCGCUGAUGACUCCUUUGUCCCUUGUAAUACCACCGCAUCAGUGAGCGCAUGCUGCGCCUCAAACAAAGGGCAACCCGAUAUAUGUAUCCAAGGAGGACUUUGCUAUGCCACACAGGGCUCCUACAGUGGCUAUAUCUACGGCAACGGCUGCACCGACUCGACUUUCAGCGACAUUUCAUGUCCUUAUGCCUGUCCCAUGGCCAGUANNAGUAGCUGCCCACUACACCAGCAUUCCUCAACCUGUCUAACAAACCAAAAAGAGUCUUAUGGCUGGAAAGCCUACAACGUACUUCCCUGCACUCUCGACAGAUGGUGCUGCCGCGAAGCAUCCGACCGAUCAAACUGCUGCAACAACGACACCCUCCUCCUCGAUUCGGAGCAAACCUCCUACCUCGGCCGCUUCAUCGACAACACAAUUCCCGGCACUGCCACCUCACUAACCAAUGACGCAAAUUCCACCCAAGCAACCGCUACAGUCACUUCAACCAUCACUGCAACUUCCUCUAGUAACUCAGAUUCAAGCAAUACCACCACUGUUGUCGGUGCAGCUGUUGGCGCAGUCCUCGGUGUCGCUUGCAUAAUCGCAUUGGUCGGUUUACUCUGGAUGAUGCGCAAAGUCAAGAGUUUGANNAAAAAAGAAAUGGGGGCACUUAGAUCGCAAGAGUCGUAUUCUGGCUCUGGUUCCACUGCACCCAUGACUCAACAGCACUACAAUCCACCGCUAAGUGAAGCUCCAGCACAACACGCUUACGAAGCGGAUUGGAACAAUGGCAGAUAUGAGAUUGAUAGCAAUGUCAAGUAG